UAACUCGUGAGAUGUUACCCAACUUUAUACAAAAAAACCCUAAAGACAAAAACCACCGAAAGCAAAGCACUGAACACGCUUUGAUUUCACUUCCAACUUCCAAAACUUGGUCAAAAAAAACGCCAUCAUCAUACUCAAAUCAUACCACAAGCAUGCAACCGGAGAAUUCCGAGCUCUACCGUUUUCUGGCUCAAAACGGCGUCGGAUCGUACGGCUUUCCUGCCAAUUUGGAGUUUCCAGCUAUGCAAAGCUUUUCCAGUUCCUCCACGUACUAUCCUCUGGAGAUGUCUGGAGUUACAACUGAGACGACGCCGCAGGAUAGAGCUCUUGCUGCUUUGAAGAAUCACAAAGAGGCUGAGAAAAGGAGGAGAGAGAGGAUUAACUCUCAUCUCAAUAGGCUACGGAGCCUUCUUCCUUGUAAUUCUAAGACAGACAAAGCUUCUCUUCUGGCGAAGGUGGUCCAACGCGUGAAAGAACUGAAACAACAGACCCUUGAACUCACUGAACUCGAAGCCUUCCCGUCUGAAACCGACGAAAUCACAGUGCUUUCAUGCGAUUAUUCAAUUGAUGGAAGGCUAAUAUUCAAGGCUUCCUUGUGCUGUGAGGACCGGUCCGAUCUUUUACCGGAGCUAAUCGAGAUUCUAAAGUCUCUCCAUUUGAAGACACUAAAAGCAGAAAUGGCAACGCUAGGAGGAAGAAUCCGCAACGUUCUAAUUGUUGCAGCAGAUAAAGAUCACAGCAUUGAAUCAGUUCAUUUCUUGCAAAACGCAUUGAAAUCUUUGCUGGAACGUUCAAAUUCAAGCGAUCGGUCUAAAAGGAGACGGGUAUUGGAUCACAAAAUAAUGGUCUAGUCCAUAUGUAAGAAUUGUCCUUCCAUUGUUUAAAGAUUUUAUCUUUCCUUUUGAUUUAAUUUUUUUCUUUUGGGUGGUUUUUGGUGUUGGGGGUGGGGAAGGGAGCUCGAUUUCGUUUUCUAGUGUGACAUGGAUUGUACUUGUAUGGUGGGUUUGUUUAACUUGUAUUUGAAAUGAAAUCCAAAAGAAGGGGAAAAGAUCUUCUUGUGCUGCAGAACCGUGGGGGGUCACUACUAGCUUGCUGCUGUGUUAUAACUAUAGGAUUUAGAUUUGAGAAGAUCUGGGUCGAUCCUGCAGUUAGCAAGGAAAAACCGGAAGGAGAAUCAAAUCCAAUCCAAUAAUCCGAUGUUCUGAAAUCUCAAUGAAGGUGUACGUACGUUGUGGGUGUCUUUUAGCUGUAAAAGCAGUAGUUUGUGUGAGUUUCGAAGCUCUCAUAGAAUAGCAUCUGAACUGAAUCUUAAUGAUAGUAUCAUAUUACUAUAUAUCAUCUCUUUCUCAUAUUGUGGGUUUUGGCAGCUGGCACUUCCCUUACUGAGCAUUUUGUUUUGUACAAUGACUCUGGAGAAACAAGCAUUAGAGUGGAAGGAUUUUGAAGCUUCUUGAACGAUUCUGUUACAUCCAAACGCAGAUUUGGUGCUUAAAUCAUGGUCUGUUGUUGAGAUAGUGAUGGCCUUAUCUGGGACACCAGUUAUCUGCACGACAACUGAUGUUCUUUCUUCUUCUUCCUUCUUUUUUUCUUUGUUCGGGUGAUGUUUAAAUAUUCAGUUCCUGCAUUAGAGAAGCAACUUCUGCUUUGGGGAACAUUCUCACAGGAAUCCAGGAGGAUCUCUGCUAUUGAGAACUGAUGCUUUAUUACUUUUGUCUUUCAUGGAAACAAUGUUAGCCCUUGCUAUUUCUUU